AUGCUUUUGAUCUCCUGUUUCAACAAACUGUCGUCAACGGACGCCGAUGCGGCGCGUGUGGGCGCCCGUCAACGCAACCGUUCGCUCAAAAAGUCGCCGGCAGUACAGGAUGACGAUCCCACGACCCACCACCUCCAACAACAGUUUGCACAGAACUUGCUAUCCCAGCAUAAUCAAGUGACGUCAACACAUCAUCAUUCCAUGCAACACUUGCACAAUACAUCAUCUUUACAACAUCAUCUCGUAUUGCCAUCAUCUAGCUCCAUGGCGCCCGAGCCGCGGCGAGCUGCAAGUUUUGAUGUGUCAGCGAGCCAGAAAUUGAGUCCAGCCCCAUUCCGUGUCAGCUCAUUCGACACGGGUCGUUCGGCGUUCUCGCCGGUUGAAGUGCCACGUCUUCUGGUCCAAUCCCCAUUGUCACCUCUUCAGGUGGAACCACCGCCCGUCGCCACCGACAAUCGUCUUCUAACCGUACCGUCGCCGUCGGAUUUCCGAAAAAGUCCCGUUGAUAAUCGGUCCUUCGCGUGCGAAUCCCCAAAAAGCGGCGGACAACCAGCAACAUCUGUGGACAUUCUGAGCCAGCUGAACCUGAAUCCCAACCUGCUCACCCAGUUGACGGCGGCUAUUUCAAGGCCAAUUGGGGUGGCAUCACCCAUGUUGGAAGAGAUGAAAAUCAACUUUGGAUCGGUGCCAAAGAUUGAGUCGACACGCCAAGGAGCUCUUCUCGGAGUAUUUGCUACUGAUGCACAACCUGAUCUUCGAAACAUCGGAAUGAUGGAUCAACAAAUGGACUGUUCGGGAGGAUCGUUUGAGACGGUUGGGUCCGGAAGCUUCGACAUGAUGAGUGCACAUUCGUCAUUUGAUCAUGGCAACACAAACUACAACCAAGCGACCGCCGAAAUUCUCGCUACAAUGCCACCAAAAUCAGUGAUUCAAGACGAUAUUCGAACUGGUCAAGGGAGGUUUUCACUGGUUCGGAAACGAGGGAGAUCAGAAGUUUGGAACUUGUUUGGGCAGGUACUCGACGGCGCAACUCACCUCCGACUGCCCUACGUUGCAUGUUACGCAUGUAAGGUUCUCUACACUGAUACUGGAGGCGGUACCGGGAAUAUGACAAGACAUCGUUGCCCGAUAGGCGCCAGUUAUCGCUCCAGCACGCACGCCUCGUCGACAGAGACCGUGGAGGCUGGUGGCACGAAUUCCUUCGAUUCAACAGUGUCGGCUAGAAAUUUUGGGAGCAGCACUGAUAUUGUGAAGAGCCAGUUGUCUAUAAGUAUGGCGGAGUCUGGUCCAGAAUCCGCACCCAGUGGCUCGGGAUCUGGAAAUAACUCACUGCCAUUGCUAAGCCAACAUUCUGGAGAGAAUUCUAUUGGAGACGUCGAUCGGGAAGUUCUAAUUGAUGCAGUGGUAAAGUGCUGUGCCAUAGACCUAAUCGACCCAAUUGUGUUCUCCGGAAAGGGAUUCCGAGGUCUUCUCAAGCAAAUCUGCAAUGUCUCAAAACGACUGGGCUCAACUAUCAGUCCACCUAUUGAAGCUUUCCCAGAUAUUCAAACCGUUCGAAGUGCGAUGCAAACGCACUUACGGUUCUGCGCGGACGAUUUGAAAAACGAGUUGAGCCGGACUGCGCAGGGAUGCCGACUCGCUUUGGAGACUCUGACCUACUCUGGAAGGGAUUAUAGAGUUAUUCAUGGCUCCCGGAUUAGUCCGGAAUGGAAGUGGAGGAGCAAUAUUCUAGGAGUCUUCAAAGCGCGUGAGAAUGAGUCGUUGAGCGAGAUGAUCAACAUCGUUGUGCACAACUAUGAGAUCAACAAAACAGUACUUCGGGUUACUGUACCAAAUACAAAUAACGACUUGGACUCUACAUAUCGAUCGUUCUUUUGUAUCAAAGCUAAACUCAAGGAGAUCCUCUUCACAAUCCUCUCUUCUUGCUCACAACCUGUGAUGGAGAUGCUUAACGCGGUAGAUCAAUUGACCAAGGCGCUUGUGGAGAUGGAUGUUCGUUUGCCAUUUGCUAUUGAGCCACGGGAAGAUAUCUUUGAUGUCCAUCAGCUUCUAGCGGAAUGGAAUGACCAAUGGGGACAGCUAGAGCAAAUUAUUUCUACUAAAUGUGCAGAUACCCUACUCGACAGUUUCAAAAAGUUGGAUCCGGUGCAUAUGAGGGAUUUGGAAAUCUUCAUACUCCCAUUCCGAGAGACAGUGGAGUCUUUGACAUCCGAGCAACCAAAUUUCCAUAAAAUUCUACCGGAAUGGCUGGCACUCCAACAUGAGUGUCAACUACAAAAUGAUGAGCCAACUGCGUUGCUCCGAGAGCUCAAGCAGAUCGCCACCAGGAUCCUUGAAGCAGAAAAGGAGGUUAUUAUGACUGAUGAGCAUAUGAUUGCGGUCUUAUUGAAUCCUCGACUCAUUCGGAAACUAAAUAUGAUUCUGACCGAUCAGGAGAGACAAAUUGCCUGUGAGAAAAUCAGGUCACAAUGUGGAUUCCGGAAUCCAAAGGAGCCGUUGAGUCGUGGAAGCUCGUGUGAUGGGGAGCCACAUCGGAAGAGAAGGAUGUUCUUGUCGUCGUUGGAGGAUGAUCAAGUGACGGAUGAGUUGGAGUGUUAUUUGAGAUCACAGUACCCGCCGCAUCAGACAAAAGACGUCGCCACCUUCUGGAGUGCCACCGGUCAAUCCCAAUUCCCGAUGCUCAGCACAAUGGCUCGCCGAGUCUUGUGCACCCCGGCAGUUGCUCCAACCACUCGUUUCGAUGCUCGUUGUGCAUCUGUUAGCCCAGAUCAACUACACACUUUCUUAAUGCUCCGAUCUAUGUUUGAUUGUGAGAAGGAGGAGGAGCCACGUGAUUAA